AUGACCGUGACGUGGGCGGACGCGGGCAAUCCAAAGGCCCAGGUCACGCUCGAUGACGCCAGAGCUUGGGCGAUGGAAUACGGAUACGUCAAGACGAACGUCCCGCUCGAUCGUCCCGUCGCCCAACGCGUCGAUCUCGUCGCAUUCUUCGAGGUGUACAACGCCAACGCGUUUUCCGUUUUCAGACAAAAAUUCAAAUCGCGACGCUUGAGACCGCCGAAUGAGGAGCAGGUACGUCGCCGCCCCGCCACGCGCGACGACGAAACCGACGAUGAGUCCGACGACGAGGACUACACCGAGGAAGAAAUCGCUAAGAUGCUAUCUGAAUACGAACAAUACAAGGACUACGAGUCGCUAAAAUGGCGGUACGUCAAGCGUCCCGGAGGCCAGGCGGUUCGCCCGGAACUCUGGUACAAGUGUUAUGGAACCUCCCAGUACAUCAACGAGGGCGAGAACAAGUCGCCGGCACCGGUGUGGCGCGAAGAUGGCUCAAUCGACUACGGUGGACGCGACAAGUGGGACGCUUGGACCCGUUGCGCGGGGAUGACGGUGAAGCAGGCAAAGAUUGGGUUUGUCAAGGCGAUUCGGGCGGCGCUCGACGAUCGACCGUCCAACUUUUACUAA